AUGAGGCUCUUGAUAAUGUUACUGUACAUCUCGCGAGUUCAUCCCGAAUUACAGGUGAAACAUAAUAUUUUUGUGUCAAGGAAAUCCAGAUCAUAUUUGGCACCAUCAGGGCAAAACUUCUAUUAUAGCAAUUAUGAUAGUGAUUACGAAUACAGUCCAGGAUCGCAUGGCAGCGAUAGUCGUCACGGAUCAUUUGAGAUCAAUAAGGACUCUAUGGAUUCCACAGUUCCAAGUUACAUUUACCAUCAUCCUCCGGUGAAUGAACAUAGUAUACGUUUAAGUGACAUUGAUAUUCCUCAUACUACUGUAACUCCAGUUACAACGCCGUGGGUCACCGAGCAUUACGAAGAACCGACCACGAAGUAUGACAUCGAUUACGAGAGAAUAAAAUCAGAAGCUCGAUACAAUUCAAGAUUUCUGCCGUCGAAAUUUAAGUCGGACAUAAUGUAUGAGAGACUAAAAUCCCUAAUGCAUUACAAACCAUAUUCAGAUCACAAAAUUGACGAAAUAGAAUUCGACAUCAGCAACAAGUAUCAUAGUGAUGAUGGUGAUGACAUUAGAACUACUUCUACCACUAAUAACGAUAUAUUCCCCUACUUCUACCAUGGCCCUUACGAAUUCGAAUACGAUUCAAAUGCCGAUAAGGCAAAAGAAAAACGUUAUACUGCUGAUAAAUAUCACAGUGUGAUUCCUGUGCAUGAGAAUAUAAGUGAUGAUAUUCCACCUAAUUAUCAUUAUAGUGAUCCAAUAAAAGAUCCACCGAUAUAUACUGCAACCACCGAAAGUAGCCCGGUAGCCGGAGACACUGGAUUUUUUUCAUACGUUUUGAAUGAUUAUUUUGAUAAAGCCAGCGAUGAAGAUCCAUUAACAUUUCAUGGCGUUGGCGAGUGGGGAAAAAACAUUCAAUACGAUUCAAAUUACUAUGACGACGAUCACAGACUUAGAAGCCAUCCUAGUAAAAAUGAUUACCGUUAUCAUCCUACUCCUAAUUACAUAAAUAAAGAUGUAACAGCAGCUCAUGGAGGAUAUGACACCGGGAAAAGGCAUAUCAAGACUAAUUAUAAUUUCUAUACUACCCCAAGCUACAUAAAUAACGACGAAUAUUUAUCUAAUGGUGACUCUGUGACAGAGAGUGGUCAUACCAGUAAAAGUGAAUACAACAAAGGCGCAAAAACACAUGAAUCGAAAUCAAGUGACAAAGUGGGAUACGAAAACAAUGCAGCGGGACACAAAAGUUUUAAAGACAUAGCUGAUUCUCUAGCACAUAAGUUCGGUUCAGAAAAUCACGCCAGAGAUACAAAACACAAGUUGAAGCAUAAUCAAGAUCGCGGAGAGAACAAGAGAGGUUUUCAUAGAAUUUAUCAUAAAGAUGAAUUCAUGGAGGAUAAGGAAUAUUUUGAUAACAGUAACAGUAGUUCUCGUGGCGAAGAUAAAGGCAGUUCAUCAGUACGCAACGGUGGAUCAGAAGCUGUGUUGAAGUCACUAGCUACAGCGCAUCUAGGGGAUGAAUCCAAUGCGGUGAGACAUGCGGGUGAUCGGGAAAACAAACAGUCAAAAAAUAGUUCUCGUGGGCAUAGUUCUUCAAAAGCUGCGGAAAGUGAAUUCAAGAAGUAUAGGGAUCUAGCUAAGAAAACUGCUGAUGGUUAUAGUGAUUAUGGUGGUCGAUUUUAGGAUUAGUACCAAGGGCAACUUGUUGAAAAAAUUAUGUAUCAAUAGAUUAAAUGUACAUGCUAACGUGUGCUGCCGAUUUAGGUAAAAAUAAGUGAAAGUGAUAUUGUUGUACGGACAAUGCAGUCAUUACUAUAUUACUUCAGUUAGUUGGGACUAUAAAGAUUAAGGUGAUGAGACGGUUUUGUAACUGAAAUAUUAAUGAGAAAUGUUUAAUCAUUUGCUUUAU